GGAAGUCUCCUCACUCCUCUCUACCCCAUUAUUUCGACCACCAUAUUCAAGGAAGAGAGGAAACCCUCUGCAAAUCAUCAUCCUCCAUUGUUGAAGCAAGCUCAAACCAAGGAAGCUCCAAAUAAGAAGAAAGAGUGGGAAAAGAAGAAAAUAACCUUGAUAUAUUAAGGAAUUUUACCAAGGUAUUCUAAACUUCUCAAGGAACCUAGGAGUGGCCGGAAAGUCGCCGGAGCCGCCGGAGUUUUCGCCGGAAAAUUCAAAGGUCGCCGGAGUUCAAACAAAGGGGAUAAAAACUCGCUAGCGUCAUUUCAAGGUUGAAGCUAGAGCUUACUUCCUGCACCCGUUGCUCGGGAGAUCGAUGGAGAGAAGACGUGGUUCGUGCUUCCUCCGGUUCUAUUUCUAAAUAAUUAAAUAAUGCUCAUGGAACUAUUUUGACUUAUAAAUUAAUGGAGCCUGCGAGCUCUUGUUUUACCCUUGUGUGGGUUCUUAUUAAACACUUAUAUUCCGCUAUGUGUUUGAUUGUAUGUUGAUGUUGUUAUGUAUGUUUACUAAUCGGUUUUGGCAUAUGUAUCUAUCGGACGUCUUGUGCAAUUCGGUAAGGAUGAACUGCGGUUAUUCUUAUUGGAUUGUACGACGGUUGUCCACGUGGCACAGACGCGGUCUGGGGCGUGACAAUUAAGUGGUAUCAAAGCCAUACGAUUUCUAAACUAUAUAGUCAACCUCUCAACAGAGUUUCUAUCAAAACAAUUUUUCAAUGAAAACCAUGAGCAUAAGUUUGUACUUUAAGAGCAUUUGGUCAUCGAGUUGCAAAGUCUCUGGUUGUUAAGACGGGCCCCUUAACAAUUGGUAUGGCAGUGACUUGAGCCAAGUGGUGCCUUGAGUACGUUUCUGUCAAUUGACAUUCAAACGAGUCCAAAGACUCAUUCCAACAUAUUCUUUCAGGAAUGGGUGGUAGUGAUAGGGCGGUUCGAGGAAAUCCGAGAGGGCGCGCACCGGGGAUAACCGGGCAAGCCAAUCGGGGAAUAUCAAGGUCGCGUAAAAGGCGAGGUAUGGACAACCAAGGCCCACGAACACGAGCCACGAUGGCUGAUCACAAUGUGACUGAAUUCGAGUCGUGGAACUCGGAGGAUGACUCAACUUAUCACCCUGAAAGCGAGUCAGAUGAAACUUCUUUUCAGGAAAACAGUGGAGAGGAUAUACAAAGUAUUCCUCCUGACCAUGUUAGUGAGAUGUACCGAUGGUACCAACGUGAAAGGGGAAGACAACGACAGGGAUCUCAGGAGGGACAUGUCAAAGGCGAGACCUCUCUCAGGAGGGGUCGGGGUGCUCAUAGAGCACAAGUUAGGACAGUCAGAGAUUCUGAUGACGAAGGACCAUUCAUUAAGAUCUCAAAGUACCUCAAAGAGGCUAGAGCCUUGGGGUGCAAACCAUUUGAUGGGACGGGGGACAUAUCAGAAGCAGCCGAGUGGAUAAAAAGGUUAAAUGAUGCAGCUGAGGACAUGCAGGUGGUCCCUGAAAGAAAGUUAAGGGUAGCCACUAGAUUAUUGGAGGGUUUAGCUUCUACUUGGUGGGAAGGCACCAAGGGUAAGUUUGACGGGGUUGUCACGUGGGACAACUUCGAGCAAGCAUUCUAUGAGCAGUUUUACACCUCUUUCGAAGUAAAUCGAAAGAGGAGGGAAUAUAUCGAUCUCAAACAGGGAAAUGAGUUUACGGUGAAGCAACUGGAACAAAGAUUCCGACAUCUGGCAAGGUUCUUGCCUGAGUAUGCCGCAAAUGAGAACCGAAUGGCAAACCAUUUUUGGAAUGCACUCAAUUUGGAAAUACGCGAAAGAGCGACCUACCAAUUCAACAUGACUUUUAGUCAAGUAGUAGCACAAGGUCUCCAGGGGGAGGAGCUUUGGAAGGAAAGGCAAGCAAGGGAUGCAAAGGAAGCACAAGAAAGAGAUCAGGUGAUCAUUCACCCUCCACGACGAGAGGGGAAGUAUGAACUUCAGAGCAAGGGGAACUCUAACAAGUUAGUUCCGUUUUUCAGUGAGAGCGAGGACUUGGUAAGUCAAAGCUCAAGCACUCGAGGCACGGGGGCACCCAAAUGUGAGAAUUGUAGGCGAAGGCACUACGGGAGAUGUCGAGAGCCAUCUAGGUGUUACUUUUGUGGAGAAACAGGCCACAUCAAGGUCCUUUGUCCUCAACGUACGCGUGAAGGAACAUCAGGAGCUAGAGGAGGGGUCACGGGGGUUGAAAACCCAACUAGGGUUGCCUCAAACAUGGUACCUUCUACAAGUCAAUGGCGAACUCGCUCGUGAAGGCCGGAAAUGGCGGGAGCCAUUUGUUGGGCCUGACUAUGGCAUAAGGUAUUAUUAAAUUAAACCUAAAUUUCCAUAAAUAUUUUUAUUUUCAAAAUUGUUAGCUUCAGAUAAUGAAGGGAGAAAUGCUUCUCAAGGUUCAAACGUUAAUUUCGGGGACGAAAUUCCUGUAAGGUGGGGUGAACUUGUAACACAGGACCUGAAUUUUUUUCUGUGAGAUUUUUUUUUCAUCAAGUACUGGGUUAAAGAAGGUAAAUCAAGACUAAGAGUAGUCUUGAUAAAUGACAAAGUAAAAAAAAAAUUGUCUUAAAUUAAUAAAGGGUUAUUAAUUUAGACGUGGGGACAACUCAUGAUAUUUCGAGUUUGUAAAAUAUUAAUGUUUAUCAAAAUGAUACUAUUAUAAUAGUAGGGAUGGGUCAUGGACCCCAGUGAUAUAAAGAACAACAACUAGACGGCCAAGCGGGCCGGGGUCUCGAUCCGAUAAUUGUGAAUCAUUAAUCAUCGGACUGAUAAUAAUUCAGAAGGCUACUAAUUAAUAAAAGAUGAAAUAUAAAUGUUUUAAGAACCUAAAAUAAUGGGAUGAUAAUGUAUGAUUAAAUUGACAUAUUAGAGGUGGGUACUUUUGGAGGACCCUACCUUGAAGAUAUUUUCGUAUAAGAAUAAACAGAUAAGAUUUUAUCUACUUAUACAGUUGGGACCACUUAAAAACAAGUGUAACAUUUUAUUAAAGUGUCACAAAAUAUGAAAACACAUAUUUAAUCAUUAGGAAUGAUGAAUGAAUUUUUAAAACAACGUGCUCUCAUUUUUACUGUUACUUGAACAGUAAAAUGCAUGUCGGGUCCACGCAUGGGCGGCGACCAUCCGAUAUUUACGGACCACAUAUUAUAUUCAUCUUGGUUUAGAUAAUAUUUAUAUGAGGGUGUAAAUAAAUGUUGAGCCAUAAAGUUGGCCUUUCGAUCAAACGAGGUCCCAUUACCGGCAUAGGUAAUUAAACAUAUAACAGCCCGAAAUUUAUUUCAGUGACCACGAAAUUAAAGUGGGAUAAUAUAUAUUCACUCUAGAGGCCAAUAUUAAUUGGAAGAAUGAUAUAUAUUUUAUUUGACCCGAUAAAAUAAAAUUUACUUAAAACAGUCCGGAAAAUACAACUUUCGGAGUCGAAUGUGCAUUCGGGGAAAUAAAGGGAUGACCUCCCACAUGAGUGGGGGCCAUCCCACGUUUUUGUGCAUCCAAAUGAGCCGUAGAAUCUGCAUAGCAUGGAAGAGAGGGAUGCAUUUGGUCUCAAAUUGAUAGGUUGGGUGAGAGAGUGACAUUUGGUGGACCUCCCCUCACAUUGAUUGGCAAAGGAGACAAAGGAAGUCUCCUCACUCCUCUCUACCCCAUUAUUUCGACCACCAUAUUCAAGGAAGAGAGGAAACCCUCUGCAAAUCAUCAUCCUCCAUUGUUGAAGCAAGCUCAAACCAAGGAAGCUCCAAAUAAGAAGAAAGAGUGGGAAAAGAAGAAAAUAACCUUGAUAUAUUAAGGAAUUUUACCAAGGUAUUCUAAACUUCUCAAGGAACCUAGGAGUGGCCGGAAAGUCGCCGGAGCCGCCGGAGUUUUCGCCGGAAAAUUCAAAGGUCGCCGGAGUUCAAACAAAGGGGAUAAAAACUCGCUAGCGUCAUUUCAAGGUUGAAGCUAGAGCUUACUUCCUGCACCCGUUGCUCGGGAGAUCGAUGGAGAGAAGACGUGGUUCGUGCUUCCUCCGGUUCUAUUUCUAAAUAAUUAAAUAAUGCUCAUGGAACUAUUUUGACUUAUAAAUUAAUGGAGCCUGCGAGCUCUUGUUUUACCCUUGUGUGGGUUCUUAUUAAACACUUAUAUUCCGCUAUGUGUUUGAUUGUAUGUUGAUGUUGUUAUGUAUGUUUACUAAUCGGUUUUGGCAUAUGUAUCUAUCGGACGUCUUGUGCAAUUCGGUAAGGAUGAACUGCGGUUAUUCUUAUUGGAUUGUACGACGGUUGUCCACGUGGCACAGACGCGGUCUGGGGCGUGACACUUUAUAACUUUUGCGUGAGGCAUGAGAUUACCUAAAUUAAUCAAGA